CAUUUAUUGCCAAUACACCUAUCUAAUCUCUUAUUUUGAGGACCAGUGCUACCGAGAGCAAGCUCCAAAGGUUACGUGUCUCCUUUCAACAGCUCCUAUCCACAAUGCGUCUCUCCUCGACCCUCGUCCUGCUUCCAGCGCUUGCUGCAGCGCAGAAUCAAUUUCCAUUUGCAGAGCAACUGCAAGGACUGAUAGAAAAAGCGAAGUCUUUCCUUCCGACCGCUCCGGCCGUUGCUACGCCCCCGGAACAGUCCGCUGCCCCUCCAGUUGUACCCAAGAGAAAGAAGGACGUGGCCUCCGUGAAGUUAAGCAAUUGGCAAUCACUACUUGCGCCUGUUCCGGCCGACGCGUCACAAGAAGCGCGAGAAUGGCUCGUCUAUGUCACUGGAGGGAACAAGACGUGUUUCGGGCGUUGCGGACCUGCAGACAAAGCCUGGAAUGAGUCGAUUCCUCUAUUUGCGACGGACCUUACCUCCCCUUCCCUGGGUGUUCUUGACUGCGAGAAGGAAGCCAUACUUUGUUCCAUUUGGUCUGCUGGUGCCCCUUCACUGUGGUACUUCCAGAUUCCCGUCGCCCCAGAGGCCGAGCAGCCUAAACCUGCCACUUCGAUCCACACUUUGCACGUGAACGUUACCACAGUCACGGCGGAAGACAUCUACAAGGUCCAUUCCGAGAAACGCUGGGAGAAGGUCCCCGCGUAUGAGGGUGCCUUUCACCCGAUGGAUGGCUGGCUCGCCCAGUACGGUCUUAAUGUGGUUAUUGGCUACAUCGUUUUCGGAAUCGGCCAGGUCCCGAGUUGGCUUAUGAUGGUUGGUGUUAGUUUCAUCAGUCGAUCGAUGAUGAGCCGCCGACUUGGUCCACAGCAGCAGCAACAGCAACGGAGAGCAGCUGCUGCACCCCAGGCUGCAGGAACGCAGUGAACGCGCUUUGCUCUUUUCCCUGAAAAAAAUUGGUUCUUUUCCUUUUUUUCCCCAACCUCUACGGGUUACGAAUCUCCGGUUCUUCGAAAUGUUUUGCGAUGCUCGAUUGUAGAUAAUGAGGAUUUGGACUGGAUGAAAGCCACUUUAUAUCAAUGAUUAAUUGGAGGGGCUAGACUUAACUAUGUGAUUUCUUCAUGUAUGUAUUUGUUAGUUUUCAAUGGAGUUCACGAGUAUGUGAUCAUCUUUCUCGAC